UUGGAUGGCAUGCCUCUUAUCAAGCGGAUCAAACUCGAUCAGAACAUACGCGCCAUGGCUUCUGGUCCCAAGAAUACCCAGGGAAAAAGACUUCGUUGCGAGAAGCCUUCAUCUGCCGGCGACAGCGUAGACGAUAUGCCUCCCGCGAAGCGAUUGAGAUCCUGGAAAUAUCCAGUACUCAAGCCCGAGGGAUCUGUGGAAGACAUCGGCUCCUUUGACAAAACAAGCGCCUGUGGAAGCCUCAGCAGUCCCAGCUCCAUGCACACCGGCGAGCUAUACGGCCCACUGACCGACGAUGAUGCCCGGAAAUACUUCGACGAAGCCCGCGACAUGAUCACUGCCUUCAUAGACGAGAGCCGCCACUUACGAGGCUUGCACCAACGAUACGUGACGCAGAUGACGGACAUGAUGAACCGGGUCAGGGUCCUGGAGGCAGAAAAUGCCACAAUGAAGAUCAAGGUCAAUGACCUGGAAUACUUUCAAAACGAAGAGUAUUACCUGAGCGAAGACAAUGACGAAGAUGGAGACUAUCAGGAGGGCGAUGCUUGAAUGGGUCCUUUGUCUGUGGAAAAGUGUCAUACAGACGAGAUUGACUUUAGAUGCGAUUUAUGAUUGACGACGGCCCUCCUUUCCUGCUGCA